ACGUGCAGGGAGCAGCCGGACGGUGAAGGCGCUGGCCGCCAUGUUGAGCGCUUUGUGUAGUUAUAAAUAAAGAUCGGCGGACGUGCGGGCGGUGUAUUGGAUGGGAGUCUGGACGCUUUGAAUCUUCUGGGGGAGGUGUUGGGUAUUGUCUUGGCUGCACGUUCCUGAAGUCACCGGCGGCUUGUCCUGAAGCGGCGGCAGCAGCCAUGAGAGAAAUGUUCACAAAUGGCCUCCAGGAAGUCCAGCCUCAAAAAAACUAUGGCAUUACCUCCCCGAUUAGUUGGGCUGGUCCCAAAGACAUUGAUCACCUCUACACCCAGAAGCUGAUGGAAGCCAUGAAACCUUUUGGGGUUUUUGAAGACGAUGAAGAGUUACAACACAGGAUGUUUGUCUUGGGAAAACUAAACAAUUUAGUGAAAGAAUGGAUUGCAGAACUGGGUGAAUGUAAGAGUCUUCCACCUACUACAAUAGCUGCAGCCGGGGGGAAAAUCUUCACUUUUGGCUCUUAUCGACUUGGUGUCCACACUAAAGGUGCUGAUAUUGAUGCCCUCUGCGUUGCUCCCAGACAUGUUGAGCGUUCAGAUUUUUUCCAGACAUUUGUUGAAAAGCUGAAAGUACAGGAUGGGAUAAGAAAUGUUAGAGCUGUCGAGGAUGCUUUUGUUCCUGUAAUAAAGUUUGAAUUUAUCAACAUUGAGAUUGAUUUGGUCUUUGCAAGACUGCCCUUACAAUGUAUUCCUGAUAAUUUGGACCUGCGUGAUGAUUCACGGUUGAGAAGCUUAGACAUAAGGUGCAUAAGAAGCUUAAAUGGUUGCAGAGUUACUGAUGAAAUUUUGCAUUUAGUACCAAAUAAAGAAAAUUUCAGGUUAACCUUGAGAGCCGUAAAGUUGUGGGCAAAGAGACGUGGUAUUUAUUCAAACAUGUUGGGCUUUCUCGGCGGUGUUUCAUGGGCCAUGUUGGUAGCAAGGACUUGUCAGUUGUACCCAAAUGCAGUAGCGGCUACUCUUGUGCAUAAGUUUUUCCUUGUCUUUUCAAAAUGGGAAUGGCCUAACCCAGUGUUACUAAAACAACCAGAAGAGAGCAACUUAAAUCUACCAGUAUGGGACCCCAGAGUAAACCCAGCUGAUCGAUAUCACCUCAUGCCUAUUAUUACUCCAGCAUAUCCUCAGCAGAACUCUACAUACAAUGCUUCAACCUCAACCCGCACCAUUAUGGUAGAAGAAUUUAGACAAGGUCUUGCGAUCACAGAUGAAAUUCUUCUAGGCAAAGUGGACUGGUCUAAAUUGUUUGAACCACCAAACUUUUUUCAAAAGUACAAACAUUAUAUUGUUCUGACUGCCAGUGCAUUCACAGAAGAACACCAUCUGGAAUGGGUUGGUUUAGUUGAAUCAAAAAUCCGUGUUCUUGUUGGAAACUUGGAGAGGAAUGAGUUCAUUACACUUGCACAUGUAAAUCCUCAGUCUUUUCAUGGAGGGCGCGAUCAUUGUAAAGAUAAUGAGUAUAUGUCAAUGUGGUUUCUUGGGAUCAUUUUUAAGAAAGUGGAGAAUGCUGAAAGUGUCAACAUUGAUUUAACACUUGAUAUACAGUCUUUCACAGACACAGUUUACAGACAGGCUAACAAUAUUAAUAUGCUGAAAAAGGGAAUGAAGAUUGAAGCUACUCAUGUGAGGAGGAAACAACUCCAUCAGUAUCUUCCUCCAGAAGCUCUACAGAAAAGGAAGAAGCAGAGUGUCCCAGAAAUCACCAGGUCAUCUUCAGGUAUUUUAUCUAAACGCUCCUCUUUGGAUGGUAACUGUCUGGAUAGUUCUAGAGACACAGACACAGGGACGCCAUGUGAGUCUCCAACAUCUUGCCACAAAAUGUCUAGAUCUAACAGUCCUACACUGCCAGAGGCACUCAGGAAGCCUGUAACUGAGGACACUUCAGCAAAUCUGUUCCCUUCUAUGCAGAAACAAGUGAAUGCAGUUGUGCCUUCAAAUGCUGCUUGGGGACAGGCCAUACCUGUUAUUUCAUCAAUAUCUGAUAUUGCCAUAGCAGUGAAGACUCCAAGUCACACUAGCUGCACUAUCCCGACCGUAAUAGGACUUAAUGUUGCUCCACGUCUUCCAUCUCCACCUAACUUUCCCCAGAAACCCGAAAAUGAAUUGGUAGAUAUAAGCCCUAAAAGUGCUGCAGCUAAGAGGACUCAUCCUCCAAGCCUGGAAAAAUCUCCAAAGCGAAUAAAGGAUACAGAAAAGCUCCUAGAAUCAUCGGACUCUGCAUUUGUGCAGCCUUCUAUUCCUGAAAUGGAGGAAAAAAGGAAAACGCUGGAAAGAAUUGCUGGAGAGGCUAUGCCCAUUCCGACUAUUGACCGCACUAGAUCACAGAGGCUACCCAGUAAAGAGCUACCAGAUGCAUCUUCUCCUGUGCCAACCAGUAAUAUUCGGGUCAUUAAAAAUUCUAUCAGACUAACUCUUAACCGGUAACUACACUACAUAAUAUGUAAAGCAAUAAACUGAGUGCUAUUUUCAGUCCAUUCAUCAUGUCUGUGUAAAAAGCUUCUGUAGUGAUGAUCACUUUGCUCCUGCCCCUGGGUAGUGCCAAAAAGUGCAGAGUUGCUGGAAAAGACCCAGUUCGUCCUGUCCUGAUUUAGUUCAUCCAUCAAGAUCAAUUAUCUCUGUUGAUGGCUUCUGUCAAAUGGUGCAGUUUACAGGGGAAGUCGUAAGACCAUUUCCCUUUAAAGGGGUAUUCCGGGCAAAAACAUGUUAUCCCCUAUCCAGAGGAUAAGGGAUAAGAUGUCUGAUCGCAGGGGGCCCCUUGUGAUCUCCCUGCAGCACCCGCAUUCUAUCGGAAUAAUCCUUUUGAUAGAAGAUAAGAUGUUUUUGCCCAGAAUACCUGUUUAAUAUGUAGAAUAAGGGUACGAUCACACGAGCGGACCCACAGCGUAUUUUACGCUGCAGAUGCGCCGCUGAAGGACCCCUGCAUGGUGGCUUUACGUGUGCCUGCUCGGAGCGGCAAUACGCUGCUAUGAGCAGACACACUGCUAUGUGCGAGUCACAGCGCGCAUGCGCAGUAUGCUUCCCCAUUGCAGCUGCUCUCUGCCUAGCUCAUGGAGCAGGGGGAGCGGGCGCGACGUGUGCGGGUACACCGCGCGUGCGCAGUGACUUGCACAUCGCUUCCAUGUGUCUGCUCGUAGCUGCGUAUUGCCACUCCGAGCAGGCACAUGUAAAACCACCAUGCAGCGGUCCUUCAGCGGCGGAUCUGCAGCGUAAAAUAUGCUGUGUGAACGUACCUAUAUGCAGGUUUUUUCCUUAAGCUCCAUACUGCCAUGAUAUUCUACGUACAAUUUUAUACCCCUUUUUUAGAGUUUUGUUUCAUGUGUGUUUUUGUGUAUAAAACUAUAAAAAAAUAUAUAAAAAAUAUGCUUUUGGGGCGUUUUGCAGCAGUAAGGCCCUGUAAAUGUGUGGUUGUGUUUUUUUUUCUUUUUUUUUGUCUUUUUUUUUUCCGGGGGGGGGGAUUUAAAAUAUUUAAAAAUUGAAGAAAAAACAUUUUGUAUUAUGAGACUUCAUGUUCUGUUUUGUAUCACUUCUUUGUCUUUUUGUGUGUGCAUAAUGUCAUUGAUCUUGAAAGAAAAAAAAGUAUUGCUUUAACUUUGUCAUUUAUUGUAUAGGAAGCUGAUUUUCCUGGACUUGACAAUAUACAAAGCCUCACUUUUUCUCAGGCUUUCUGAAAUUUACAGUUCUGCUAUCAAUGCAGUUUUUGUUUAAUAUCUUAAAAACUAUAUAGAGAAAUGUCUCCCAUGGAGACUGGUAGUAUAAAUUAACAUUUAUUUCUAGGUUAGAUUUCAGAAUAUCCCUAAUUUUCCCCUAAUUUAUCAGAAUUACUUGAAUAGAACCUUUUAUUAUAUAGUCCACAAAUCUCUUGCUGCCUCGACACCCUAAAAAGCUCUGCUGCGGUUGUCAUAAGGAAAGCUGCAUUCAGAAGGUGCCUUUUCUUGGAAGCAGCCAAUCCUGUAAAAUGUGACCCUGACAUGAAACAGGCAGUGCAGCGAUUUUGCCAUCAGUGGCUGAGAAUUUACCAUUGUGGCACCACUUCCUAAUGUCACUUUAUUCAAUUGUUGUAGUGGCCAUUUUUCCUAGAGAAAUGCCAAUAUUAGAGACCAAUAAACAGAUACAAAGUUAACAUAUCGUAAAACUUCAAAUAUUCUAUCAACCGGAUAGGUGAUAUGAUCUUGUGGAUGUCCUUACUGUAGGGGAAAACCCCAAAUAACACAGGGCAUUCGGAAAUGUCAGAUCCCUUGCAAACAGAAUUGGCAGCUCAAAGCGAUGACACUCAUGUUAGUUUGCCACAGCAGAGACUUUAACGCAGGGUAAGCAUUGGAGACCUUUCAUUGAUCUACAUGGCUUUCCUCAGGGUUUAUACUACAUCUUUCAUCUGUCACUAUUUCAUUAGUGUCUUACAGAGUAUGUAUAGACUUCUUGUGUCUGGUCAUCCACACAGCUGUUGUACUGUUACUUGCACUGUUUUCUAAUACCACCUAUUGUAUGCAAACUAUUUUUGUACAUAAAACAGUAUCACCUUUUUCAAAUACAAAUAAAGCAAUACUCUC